AUGGAUAGAUUCCUGCCCCCAAAACAGCGUACAACUGAGAAUAAAUCGACAAAAGAACGCUGCCUCGCAAACUACCUCCAAGAGUUUGACCGUAAGCUUUUGGAAGCUGGAGGUCAGAAUUGGGAUGAUGUUAUCGAAAUCAACAUGCUGAGCAGUCACCUGGAUUUUGAACUGUUGAAUCGAAAUGUAGAUAAGCUGACUCGAAAGGACUCCAUAUUUCAAUGGAAUGAUGAGGCGAAUGCAGUCUUUGAAAGACUGAAGCAGAUGUUCAUAACUGCACCUAUUCUGACCACAUUUGACCCUGACCGGCAGGCAGUCCUUGAGACUGACUCCUCUGGAUACCCGUUGGCGGAGGAUUGA